AUGAAGUUAACUAAUGUUUUAUCCGCUGUCGCUUUGGCUUCUACUGCUUUAGCUGCUCCAGUCGCUAAGGAUGCUACUAACACCACUGACGCCUCUUCUGUUCAAAUUCCAGCUGAAGCUGUCAUCGGCUACUUAGACUUGGAACAAUCUAACGAUGUUGCUAUGUUGCAAUUCUCUAACUCUACCAACAAUGGUAUUUUGUUCGUCAACAGCACUAUCUUAAAGGCUGCUUACGCUGAAGCUAACGCUAACUCUAACUCUAACACCAAGAGAGAAGCUAAGGCUGAUGCUUGGCACUGGUUGGAAUUGGACAAUGGUCAACCAAUCUACAAGAGAGAAGCUAAUGCUGAAGCUAAGCCAUGGCACUGGUUGGAAUUGGACAACGGUCAACCAAUUUACAAGAGAGAAGCUAAGGCCGAAGCUAAGGCUGACGCUUGGCACUGGUUGGAAUUAGACAACGGUCAACCAAUCUACAAGAGAGAAGCUAAGGCUGAAGCUAAGGCUGAUGCUUGGCACUGGUUGGAAUUGGACAACGGUCAACCAAUCUACAAGAGAGAAGCUGAAGCUAAGGCUGGUGCUUGGCACUGGUUGGAAUUGGACAACGGUCAACCAAUCUACUAA